GACUAGGGUGUUGCUGGAUCACUUGCUGGUGGUUGCCAUGGAUGGCGCCGCCUACGACCGGUGCGUUUUCCGGCGGUUGCAUUGCUAUGGGUUGAUCACAGACGGAGGCGUUGACUUCUCCGGCGAGAAGCUUUUCCUGUCUAAAGAGUUUAUCGAUAUGAUGUGGAGACGCACUCUCUUUCUCUUGGAUGUUCUUAAACUUGGUUACAACUUCAUCUUCACGGACACAGACAUAAUCUGGUUAAGGAACCCAUUCACAAGGCUUAGCAGCAAUACAUCAGAGGACUUGCAAAUUAGUACAGACAUAUUCACCGGGGACCCCUGGUCAACCUCCAACCCAAUCAACACCGGCUUCUACUACGUCCGGUCAAACCCUAAAACCAUCACACUGUUCCAGACCUGGUACGACUCCAGAAACAGCUACCCCUCCAACAUGAAAGAGCAAGACAUCCUUGCCCUAAUGAAAAGAGCUGGGGUGUUCAAACAGAUGGGCCUUCUCGUAAGGUACUUGGAUGUCACGUACUUCAGUGGAUUCUGUACCGAUAGUAAGGAUGUCACUGUCGUCGUCACCGUGCACGCUAAUUGCUGCAAAGGCAUUGCCGCUAAAGUUGUCGAUCUCAAACAUGUUCUGAGAGACUGGAAGAAUUACCGCAGGGGCCGUCACGUAAUUGUGCCGCCCAAUUAUAGCCACAGUGACAAUAACAGUGACAAUAACAAUAACAAUCAUUUCAGAUGGUCUGAACACUACUAUUGCAAUCAUUCUUGGGGGCCUAGUAAAAAUACUUUGGUUUAGUUCUUUACGCUUAAAUUCCGCGUAAAGGUUAUCACAAUCCUCAACCAAUAUAUAUACUCAAAUUUAUGUCCAAACAAAAUGCGUAUAUAAUGUUGUGUCCCGGCGGCCGGCCAUUUGGG